AAGGACGCAGGAAGGAGGAGGGCGCGCGCAGAGGCACCGGCCGUACCCGGGCGCUCGGGCAGGAGAGCGGCACCGUGGCUGCGGCGGCGCGCAGAGGCUGCGGAGGGGCUCACGGCUCCCAGCCCGCGGGUCUCAGACCCAGGGGCUGGGCCCCGAGCCCCCCGCCCGGGUCGCAGCUGGGUCGAGCCAUGCUGCGCUACCUGCUGAAAACGCUGCUGCAGAUGAACUUGUUCGCGGACUCCCUGGCCGGGGACUUCUCCAACUCCAGCGAGCUGCUCGUAGGCUUCAACUCCUCGCUGCCGUCGCUCAACAACACUUUGCUGCCUUCAGAUCCCUCCCUUAACAGGUCAAGGGUCGGGCCAGAGGACGCUAUGCCGCGUAUUGUGGAGCAGCCUCCAGAUCUUCUGGUCUCCCGGGGCGAGCCGGCCACGCUGCCCUGCCGCGCGGAGGGGCGGCCCCGACCCAACAUUGAGUGGUACAAGAACGGGGCGCGCGUGGCCACUGCGCGCGAGGACCCGCGCGCGCACCGCCUGCUGCUGCCCAGCGGCGCCCUUUUCUUUCCCCGCAUCGUGCACGGGCGCCGGGCGCGGCCAGACGAAGGUGUCUACACUUGCGUGGCUCGGAACUACCUGGGGGUGGCGGCUAGCAGAAAUGCCUCGUUGGAAGUGGCAGUCCUUCGCGAUGAUUUCCGGCAGUCUCCUGGGAACGUGGUGGUGGCUGUCGGGGAGCCAGCAGUAAUGGAAUGCGUGCCCCCCCGCGGCCACCCGGAGCCUUCAGUGUCCUGGAAGAAGGACAGUGCACGACUCAAGGAGGAGGAGGGAAGGAUCACGAUCCGCGGAGGGAAGCUGAUGAUGUCGCAUGCACACAAGAGUGAUGCAGGGAUGUAUGUGUGUGUGGCCUCCAACAUGGCAGGAGAACGGGAGAGUGCGGCGGCUGAACUUGUGGUACUGGAGCGUCCCUCAUUCCUGCAGAGACCAGUGAAUCAGGUGGUCCUGGUCAAUGCCCCUGUGACUUUCCUAUGUGAAGUGCAGGGGGAUCCCCUACCUCGUCUACAUUGGCGCAAGGAGGAUGGGGGACUGCCCACAGGCAGGUAUGAGAUCCGCAGUGACCACAGCCUUUGGAUUGGUCGCGUGAGUGCUGAAGAUGAGGGAACUUACACCUGCACGGCAGAGAACAGCGUGGGCCGCGCUGAAGCGUCUGGCUCCCUCAGUGUCCACGUCCCGCCCCAGUUGGUGACCCAGCCCCAGGACCAGAGGGCAGCUCCUGGAGAGAGUGUGACUUUCCAGUGUGAAACCAAAGGAAACCCCCCACCUGCCAUUUUCUGGCAGAAGGAAGGAAGUCAGGUCCUGCUUUUCCCUAGUCAGUCACUUCAGCCCACAGGGCGCUUCUCAGUCUCUCCAAGAGGCCAGCUCAACAUCACUGAAGUGCAGAGUGGGGAUGCUGGCUACUACGUGUGCCAGGCUGUCAGCGUGGCUGGCAGCGUCCUGGCCAAGGCCCUGCUGGAGAUAAAAGGAGCCUCCUUGGAUGGGCUGCCUCCCAUCAUCCUCCAGGGACCAGCUAAUCAGACACUGGCACUUGGCUCCUCUGCAUGGCUGCCAUGCAGAGUGACUGGAAACCCUCAACCCAGUGUCCGAUGGAAGAAGGAUGGGCAGUGGCUGCAGGGGGAUGAGCUCCAGCUCACCUUAAUGACCAAUGGUACCUUGUACAUUGCCAGUGUGCAGGAGAUGGACUUGGGUUUCUACAGCUGUGUGGCCAAGAGUUCCAUAGGGGAAGCCACAUGGAGUGGCUGGCUUAAGAUGCGAGAAGAUUGGGGAGUAUCACCAGAUCCCCCUACAGAAGCCAGUACCCCUCCAGGGCCUCCUUCUCAGCCAGUGGUCACUGAGAUCACCAAGACCAGCGUUACUCUGACCUGGAAGCCCAACCCGCAGGCUGGGGUCACAGUCACUUCUUAUGUGAUAGAGGCCUUCAGCCAAGCAGCUGGCAACACGUGGCGGACAGUGGCAGAUGGCGUGCAGCUGGAGACACACACUGUCAGUGGUCUGCAGCCCAAUACCAUCUACCUGUUCCUGGUGCGAGCAGUGGGAGCCUGGGGCCUCAGUGAGCCCAGCCCUGUCUCUGAGCCUGUCCACACACAGGAUAGCGUCCCAUCCAGGCCAGUGGAAGACCCAUGGAGAGGCCAGCAGGGACUGGCUGAAGUGACUGUGCAUGUGAAGGAGCCUGUAGUCCUGGGGCCCCGGACCCUGCAGGUGUCCUGGACUGUGGAUGGCCCAGUCCAGCUGGUGCAAGGUUUCCGGGUGUCUUGGAGGGUAGGAGGCCCUGAUGGGGGAAGCUGGACAGUGCUAGACAUACAGUCCCCAAGCCAGCAAAGUACUGUGCUAAGAGGACUCACCCCAGGGACCCAAAUCCAGAUAAAGGUCCAAGCUCGAGGCCAGGAGGGGCUGGGAGCUGAAAGUCCCUUUGUGAUCAGGAGCAUUCCUGAGGAGGCCCCCAGUGGUCCCCCCCAGGGAGUGGCAGUGGCCUUGGGGGGUGAUGGCAACAGCAGUAUCACUGUAUCCUGGGAACCUCCACUGUCCUCCCAGCAAAAUGGGGUCAUCGUGGAAUACCAGAUCUGGUGCCUGGGCAAUGAGAGCCGUUUCCACCUCAACCAGUCUGCGGCAGGCUGGGCACGCUCUGUGAUCCUCCGGGGACUGCUGCCGGGUCUGCUGUACCGAACCCUGGUGGCGGCGGCCACCAGCGCUGGCGUAGGCGUGCCCAGCGCGCCCUUGUCGGUGCAGCUGCCGUCCACGCCGGAAUCCGAGCCUGGGCUCGAGGUGGGCCCUGGGCUGGCGGAGCGGCUGGCGAGGGUGCUACGGAAGCCUGCCUUCCUCGCGGGCAGCGGUGCCGCCUGCGGGGCGCUUCUGCUCGGGCUCUGCGCCGCCCUCUACCGGCGCCGGAAACAACGCAAAGAGCUCAGUCACUACACCGCCUCUUUUGCCUACACACCUGCAGUGUCCUUCCCACAGUCAGAGGGCCUCUGUGGAGCCAGUUCCAGGCCACCCAUGGGCCUUGGCCCUGCCCCCUACCCCUGGCUGGCAGACUCGUGGCCCCACACUUCUCGAAGCCCCUCAGCCCAGGAGCCCAGGGGAAGCUGCUGCCCCAGCAAUCCUGACCAAGACGACAGAUAUUACAAUGAAGCAGGAAUCUCGCUAUACCUGGCUCAGACAGCCCGAGGUACAGCCGCCCCUGGCGAGGGUCCUGUCUACAGCACCAUUGACCCAGCUGGGGAGGAGCUUCAGACCUUCCAUGGGGGCUUCCCCCAGCAUCCCUCAGGGGAUCUGGGCGCCUGGAGCCAGUAUGCCCCUCCGGAGUGGAGCCAGGCAGACAGUGGAGGCAGGGGAGGCAAAGUGAAGCUCCUGGGAAAACCUACACAGAUGCCCGCUCUGAACUGGCUAGAGGCCCUGCCCCCACCUCCCCCUUCCUGUGAACUGAACUGCCUGGAGGGGCCUACGGAGGAGCUGGAGGGCGGUUCAGAGCCGGAGGAGUGGUCCCUACCAAUGCCUGAGAGAAGCCACUUGACUGAGCCCAGCUCCAGUGGAGGGUGCCUGGCCACUCCAUCCCGAGGGGAAGCCCCCUCUCCCACACCAUCCUAUGGACAGCAGUCCACAGCCACUCUUACCCCUUCACCUCCUGACCCUCCCCAGCCCCCCACUGAUCCGCCCCAUCUCCAUCAGAUGCCCAGGAGGGUGCUCCUGGGACCAAAUUCCCCUCUCAGUGUCUCCCAGCCCACUCUGGGUAACCAUGAAGGGAGGCCGGCUGGCCUGGGUGCUGGCCCCACAACCUCCCAUCAUCUCAGCCCCAGCCCUGCCCCUAGCACAGCCAGCAGUGCCCCAGGGAGAACCCGGCAGGUGCCUGGGGAGAUGACUCCCCCACUUCAAGGACCCCGUGCUCGGAUCCGGAAGAAACCCAGGGCUCUUCCCUACAGGAAAGAGCACAGUCCUGGGGACUUGCCCCCACCACCCUUACCACCGCCAGAGGAAGAGGCCAACUGGGCUUCAGGGCUGAGAGCAGCAGGCAGCAUGUCCUCCUUGGAGCGAGAGCACAGUGGGGAGAGGAGAGUGGUACAGGCUGUGCCCUUAGGGGCCCAACGGGGGCCCCACCCAGAUGAAGAGGCCUGGCCCCUGUACAGCAGACCAAGCUUCCUGCCACGGGGCCAGGGCACCAGCACCUGUUCCACAGCUGGCAGCAACUCUUCAAGAGGCUCCAGCAGCUCUCGGGGCUCCCGGGGCCCUGGCCGGAGCCGGAGCCGGAGCCGGAGCCAGAACCAAAGGCCAGGACAGAAAUGUCGAGAGGAAUCAAGAUGACCCUCAAUGAGGCAAUGAGAAUAUUAGGAGUUCCACGGGGAAGGGAGUGGGAGCACAGAGGUGUCGGGACGGGUGUCUCCUCCCUCCCACAGUGACCCGUGGG